AUGCUUCAGUCCAGAUCUGCACAUCAGCUACUGCCUUCAGUGCGCAGUUCCCUACAUCCAGUCUGUGAUCCGUCGCUGUGCUUAUUCUGGUUUGAAGCUGGGAAGGAUGGAAAACUAAUUGCACCGGGACAGGAGGACGAUUGUUCAAACGAGAGUGAUGUGAACUCGAAUUCUACCAAUCCCACAACCAUCUACAACUGUUUAUCAAAUGACUCAGAACCACCCGUUUUCCUCUCUGAAACAAGUCGCCAAACUAGACAGGACGGAGAAAUACACUCAGUUGCGAAUCAAUUUGGUCUUCACGAGAGACUCAACGGAAUCUCUCUAAAUUUUCAUAAACGAAACUAUUCACAAGUUUGCUGGAAACUCUUCGACAGCCUACGACCGGUUUCGCCCUUCUUGGAGCUCAUAAGGACUCAUCAGACGUAUGUAAAAACCACCUCAAGUUCCUGGACAAAGGAAGGGCAUCAUCGAAUACCAUGCUCGGUCAUGUGCUACGCAUGCCGAAACACCGUCCUACCGAGACGAGUUUUGUUCUCCGUGCCUCCUUCAGGAUGGUACAAACCGCGAGGUGGGUAG